UCUCUCCCUCUUUUUUCUUAUCCCCCUCACAAGCAUUUUUUUUCUUACGGAUGUUGGGGAACACAGAGUGCUUCUUAGAAGAAGGCAGGGAGAAAAGAAGAUUACUGGAGAAAAGGUUUCCUCUUUUUUUUCUUGAGAGGGGUGGAUCAUGUUGUCAAUGAGACAAGUGUAAAAUGGGAGACUUUGGAAAGCUGCUCUCUUGAGGAACCUGAACAGCGGCAGGAGGAGAAAAGCCUUCCCAUGCAGAUCUAUGGAUAACGGUACUCAGCAUGCUGUAAUUUGCCCUUCUUCUUCACAGCACUUUUUUAUGCAUGGGACACAACUGUAAUUAAGAGGUGCAGGAUGAAAAGAUGGCACAAUCAGUGCUGGUACCACCAGGACCGGACAGCUUCCGCUAUUUCACGAAAGAGUCGCUGGCAGCUAUUGAACAACGCAUUGCCGAGGAAAAAGCGGCGAAGUCCAAACAAGAACGCAAAGACCUCGACGACGAUGACAAUAAACCAAAACCCAAUAGUGACUUGGAGGCCGGCAAAUCACUGCCCUUUAUAUAUGGAGACAUACCUCCGGGAAUGGUGUCUGAGCCCUUGGAGGACCUGGACCCAUACUACAUUAACAAAAAAACAUUUAUAGUAUUGAAUAGAGGGAAGGCGAUCUUCCGAUUCAGUGCCACCUCCGCUGUGUACCUGUUAACUCCUUUCAACCCUCUUAGAAAAAUAGCUAUUAAAAUUUUGGUACAUUCAUUAUUCAGCAUGCUUAUUAUGUGCACUAUUUUAACCAACUGUGUAUUUAUGACUAUGAGUAACCCUCCGGAUUGGACAAAGAAUGUAGAAUACACAUUCACUGGAAUUUAUACCUUUGAAUCACUAAUUAAAAUUCUUGCAAGGGGCUUCUGUUUAGAAGAUUUCACUUUUCUCCGGGAUCCCUGGAACUGGUUAGACUUUACAGUCAUUACAUUUGCAUAUGUGACAGAGUUUGUGGACCUGGGCAAUGUCUCAGCGUUGAGAACAUUCAGAGUUCUCCGGGCAUUGAAAACAAUAUCAGUCAUUCCAGGUCUGAAGACCAUAGUGGGAGCCCUCAUUCAGUCUGUAAAGAAGCUCUCGGAUGUUAUGAUCCUGACCGUCUUUUGCCUGAGUGUCUUUGCGCUCAUUGGGCUGCAACUUUUCAUGGGGAACCUGAGGCACAAAUGCCUGAUUUGGCCACCAGACAAUUCUACCUUUGAAAUUAAUAUAACUUCCUACUUCAACAGCACAAUGGGAGAAAAUGGUACCUUCAUUAACACCACUGUGACUACCUUUAAUUGGGAUGAAUACGUCAGUAAUGACAAUAACUUUUAUUUCUUGGAAGGACAGAAUGAUGCUUUGCUGUGUGGCAACGGCUCAGAUGCAGGCCAAUGUCCAGAAGGCUAUAUGUGUGUAAAAGCUGGCAGAAACCCCAACUACGGCUAUACAAGUUUUGAUACGUUCAGCUGGGCCUUCUUGUCACUCUUUCGCCUCAUGACUCAGGACUACUGGGAAAAUCUCUAUCAAUUGACUCUGCGUGCUGCUGGCAAAACGUACAUGAUCUUUUUUGUUCUGGUGAUUUUCCUGGGCUCCUUCUACCUGAUCAACUUGAUCUUGGCCGUUGUCGCCAUGGCCUACGAAGAACAGAAUCAAGCCACCAUGGAAGAAGCUGAGCAGAAAGAGGCCGAGUUUCAGCAGAUGCUGGAGCAGCUGAAAAAACAACAAGAAGAAGCUCAGGCAGCUGCUUUAGCCGCUGCAGCCGAUGAAUCCCGAGAGUUCAGCGAAGUUGGUGGUGUGGGGGGGUUCUCAGAGAGUUCUUCGGCCACCUCAAAGCUGAGUUCGAAGAGUGCUAAAGAGAGGAGGAACAGGCGGAAGAAGAGGAAACAGCGGGAACAAUCUGAAGGCGAUGAAAAGGAGGAAGAUGGAUUUCACAAAUCCGAGUCUGAAGACAGCAUCCGAAGGAAAGGCUUUCGAUUCUCCAUUGAAGGGAACAGACUGACCUAUGAGAAGCGGUUCUCUUCCCCACAUCAGUCUUUGCUGAGCAUCCGUGGAUCCUUGUUUUCCCCAAGGCGCAGCAGCAAAGCAAGUCUUUUCAGCUUCAGAGGCCGAGCGAAGGAUAUAGGAUCUGAAAACGACUUUGCUGAUGAUGAACACAGCACCUUUGAAGACAACGAGAGCAGAAGAGAUUCUCUCUUUGUUCCUCACAGGCACAGUGAGCGCCGCAACAGCAACAUCAGUCAAGCCAGUCGAUCAUCCAGAAUGGUCCCUGUGCUUCCAGCAAAUGGGAAGAUGCACAGCACUGUCGAUUGCAAUGGGGUGGUGUCCCUAGUUGGUGGGCCUCCAGCUCUGAUGUCACCCACUGGACAGCUUCUGCCUGAGGGCACCACUACAGAAACGGAAUUACGGAAAAGGCGCUCAAGUUCUUACCACAUGUCUAUGGAUUUUCUCUCUGAUCCCACUGCAAGGCAAAGAGCAAUGAGCAUAGCCAGCAUACUUACCAACACAAUGGAAGAACUCGAAGAAUCCAGGCAGAAAUGUCCUCCAUGCUGGUACAAAUUCGCUAACAUGUGUUUAAUCUGGGAUUGCUGCGCUCCAUGGUUAAAAAUAAAGCAUAUUGUUCAUUUGAUUGUGAUGGAUCCGUUUGUCGACCUUGCUAUCACCAUCUGCAUUGUUCUGAACACUUUGUUUAUGGCCAUGGAACAUUAUCCGAUGACGCCCCAGUUUAAUAAUGUGCUGUCUGUUGGAAACUUGGUGUUUACUGGCAUCUUCACAGCAGAAAUGUUCCUAAAGAUAAUAGCCUUGGAUCCUUAUUAUUAUUUCCAAGAAGGGUGGAAUAUUUUCGAUGGCAUCAUUGUCAGCUUGAGUUUGAUGGAGCUGGGCCUUGCGAAUGUGGAAGGAUUGUCAGUCUUAAGAUCCUUCAGACUGCUUCGAGUCUUCAAGCUGGCAAAAUCCUGGCCAACUCUAAACAUGCUGAUCAAGAUUAUUGGCAACUCCGUGGGUGCCCUGGGGAACCUGACUUUGGUCCUGGCCAUUAUUGUCUUCAUUUUUGCCGUGGUUGGAAUGCAGCUGUUUGGCAAAAGUUACAAGGAGUGUGUCUGCAAGAUCUCCAGCGACUGUGUGCUUCCACGCUGGCACAUGAAUGACUUCUUCCACUCUUUCUUGAUCGUCUUCAGAGUACUUUGUGGCGAAUGGAUAGAGACCAUGUGGGACUGUAUGGAGGUUGCAGGCCAGACCAUGUGCCUUACUGUCUUCAUGAUGGUCAUGGUGAUUGGAAAUCUAGUGGUUUUGAACCUCUUUCUAGCCUUGCUGCUGAGCUCCUUCAGUUCAGACAAUCUUGCUGCUACAGAUGAUGACAAUGAAAUGAACAAUCUCCAGAUAGCUGUAGCAAGGAUUCAGAGAGGCAUUGAUUAUGUAAAAAGAAAAGCACAUGAAUUUGUCCAAAAGGCCUUUGUGAGGAAACAGAAGGCUUUGGAUGAAAUCAAACCACUUGAAGAUCUAAACAACAAGAAGGACAGUUGCAUUUCUAACCACACCAUAGUAGAUAUCGGCAAAGACUUCAACUACCUGAAAGAUGGCAACGGAACUACCAGUGGCAUCGGCAGCAGUGUGGAGAAAUAUGUUGUGGACGAAAGUGAUUACAUGUCGUUUAUAAACAACCCGAGUGUGACUGUGACCGUGCCCAUUGCAGUUGGAGAAUCCGAUUUCGAAAAUUUAAACACUGAGGAGUUUAGCAGUGAGUCAGAUUUGGAAGAAAGCAAAGAGAAAUUAAAUGCAUCUAGUUCAUCUGAAGGUAGCACAGUUGAUGUUGGCCUUCCCCAAAUAGGAGAGCAGCCUGAAGCUGAACCUGAAGAAUCCCUGGAACCAGAGGCUUGUUUUACUGAAGACUGUAUGCGAAGGUUCACAUGCUGUCGAGUCAGCGUAGAAGAUGGAAAAGGGAAAAUGUGGUGGAAUCUUCGGAAAACCUGCUACAAAAUAGUGGAACAUAAUUGGUUUGAGACCUUUAUUGUCUUCAUGAUUUUGCUCAGCAGUGGUGCUCUGGCCUUUGAAGACAUAUACAUUGAACAGCGGAAGACCAUCAAGACCAUGCUGGAAUAUGCGGACAAGGUUUUUACAUACAUCUUCAUUCUGGAAAUGCUUCUGAAAUGGGUAGCUUAUGGCUUUCAAGUGUAUUUCACCAAUGCCUGGUGCUGGCUAGAUUUCCUCAUUGUGGAUGUCUCUUUAAUUAGCUUAACAGCUAAUGCCUUGGGCUACUCUGAACUUGGUGCAAUUAAAUCGCUUAGAACUUUAAGAGCUUUGAGGCCUCUAAGAGCCUUGUCACGCUUUGAAGGAAUGAGGGUGGUGGUGAAUGCCCUCCUGGGAGCAAUUCCAUCUAUUAUGAAUGUGCUGCUUGUAUGUCUUAUAUUCUGGCUAAUCUUCAGCAUUAUGGGGGUGAAUCUCUUUGCUGGAAAAUUCUACCACUGUGUCAACACUACAACUGAUGAAAUGUUUAGUAUUGAUGAAGUCGACAAUCAGACUCAGUGUGAAGAACUCAUAGCUAGAAAUGAAACGGCUCGCUGGAAAAAUGUUAAAGUCAACUUUGAUAAUGUGGGGCUUGGUUACCUCUCUUUGCUUCAAGUAGCCACCUUCAAAGGCUGGAUGGAUAUUAUGUAUGCAGCUGUAGAUUCACGAAAUGUGGAACAACAACCUCUGUAUGAGGACAACCUGUACAUGUACCUUUAUUUUGUCAUCUUUAUAAUCUUUGGCUCCUUCUUCACUUUGAACUUAUUUAUUGGUGUCAUCAUAGACAAUUUUAAUCAACAGAAAAAGAAGUUUGGAGGUCAAGACAUAUUUAUGACAGAAGAACAGAAGAAAUAUUACAAUGCGAUGAAAAAACUCGGGUCCAAGAAACCACAGAAACCAAUACCAAGGCCAGCAAACAAAUUCCAAGGCAUGGUCUUCGAUUUUGUUACAAAGCAGGCCUUUGACAUCAGCAUCAUGAUUCUUAUCUGCCUUAAUAUGGUCACCAUGAUGGUGGAAACAGAUGAUCAGACUGAUGCAAUGGAAACAAAUUUAUAUCGAAUUAAUCUGUUAUAUCGAAUUAAUCUGAUUUUCAUCGUUCUUUUCACGGGAGAAUGUGUCUUGAAACUGAUUUCACUUCGCUAUUAUUAUUUCACCAUUGGUUGGAAUAUUUUUGAUUUUGUGGUUGUCAUUUUAUCUAUUGUGGGUAUGUUCCUGGCAGAGAUCAUUGAGAAAUACUUUGUGUCACCCACCUUGUUCCGAGUGAUCCGCCUUGCCAGGAUAGGCCGGAUCCUGCGUCUGAUCAAGGGUGCUAAAGGGAUCCGCACCCUGCUUUUUGCCUUGAUGAUGUCCCUUCCUGCCUUGUUCAACAUUGGGCUCCUCCUUUUCCUGGUCAUGUUCAUCUACGCUAUCUUCGGAAUGUCCAAUUUUGCCUACGUGAAGAGAGAAGUUGGGAUAGAUGACAUGUUCAACUUUGAAACUUUUGGCAACAGCAUGCUCUGCCUCUUUCAAAUCACCACCUCCGCAGGCUGGGAUGGCUUGCUCGCCCCCAUUCUCAACAGUGGACCCCCAGACUGCGACCCUGAGAUAGACCACCCGGGGAGCUCGGUCAAGGGAGACUGCGGCAACCCUUCCGUUGGGAUCUUCUUCUUUGUCAGCUACAUCAUCAUUUCUUUCUUAGUCGUAGUAAAUAUGUAUAUUGCUGUUAUUCUGGAGAACUUCAGUGUUGCUACAGAAGAAAGCGCGGAACCUUUGAGUGAGGAUGACUUUGAGAUGUUCUAUGAGGUCUGGGAAAAGUUUGAUCCAGAUGCAACCCAGUUUAUAGAGUUUAGUAAACUCUCCGAUUUUGCUGCUUCCCUGGAUCCACCUCUUCUAAUAGCCAAACCAAACAAGGUUCAGCUUAUUGCAAUGGAUCUGCCCAUGGUAAGCGGGGACAGAAUUCACUGCCUUGACAUCUUGUUUGCUUUCACCAAGCGCGUUUUGGGAGACAGCGAAGAAAUGGACGCCCUUCGUGUCCAAAUGGAAGAUCGGUUUAUGGCUGCCAAUCCUUCAAAAGCCUCUUAUGAACCAAUUACCACCACAUUAAAGCGAAAGCAGGAGGAAGUAUCUGCUGUCAUUAUUCAGCGGGCCUUCAGGCGCUACCUCUUAAAGCAAAAAGUUAAAAAAGUGUCCUGCAUUUUUAACAAAGAUCGAAUCAAAGCUGGUGAUGACACUCUUAUCAAAGAAGAUAUGAUCAUUGACAAGCUCAAUGAGAAUUCAACUCCUGAAAAAAAUGAUAUGACGCCGUCCACCACCUCCCCACCUUCCUAUGAUAGUGUUACAAAGCCUGACAAAGAUAAAUAUGAAAAGGACAAAUCAGAAAAAGAAGAUAAAGGUAAAGAUAUCAGGGACAGUAAAAAAUGAACAAAGCGGACAAUUUACUUUGUGACAAAUUGUUUACAGCUUGAGAAAGUAAAGUAUUAUUUCAAAAGGACUCCUGUGGGAGGUUUAUGCCAAACUGACUGUUUUUGCACACAGAGACACACACACAUACACACAAACACACAAAUAUCUAUAAAUAUAUAUACAAAUGUUAGAUAUAUACUUAAGGUCAGUGCCUAUUAACAAGACAGUGACCCCUCGUCAAUCCAGAUGCUGCUCUGUGAAACAGGAAAGGGAAUUUGACAGGAGGUUACUGUUUUUAUUACCAGCUGACACUGCUGAAGAGAAGAGAAAAAUGGCUACCCAGACUGUAGGGACCGGACGGAGAGGUGCAAAGUGAGAUGUUAUGUGUGUUUAUAACAUAAAACACUCAAGUACAAUAAUUGUAUCCACUGUUUGCAUUCCAACUGCCACAUUUUUGCCAUAUUUUUACAGAAAUCAGUCUUGGUGAGGUUGUCAUUUUUUUAAUUCACAGGUUGUUUACUAUUAUAUGUGACUAUUUUUGUAAGUGGGUUUUAUGUUCUAGGGGUGGGGUGGGUACAGGGGGAAGGGGGAAUAUGAGGACCAGCUGUUCUGUCUGAUUCUCUUGUAAUGUGUACAGGCAGAAGUGAUUUGCAUGAAGGCAUGCUGCACUUAUAGACCAUGCAUGGAAACUGAUAAGACUUCUUUGCACAAGAGUUUUAAAUACUUCCAUGUUUCAGGAUGGCUCCAGAUUCAGAGGUGCUCAAUAACAGUAUACAUCUUUUAUGUCUCAUCCUGAAAAAAUUUAAUGUGCCUGUAAGUCUCAUAAAAUCAACAGUUAUUCUACAGAGAUGUCCCCGCACAUGUACCAUUCAGUCAUGAAAUUAAGUUGACAUCGGUGUCACUCAACAGCACAAUCCUAUACAUGUUUACUCAGAAAUAAUCUCUGUUGAGUUUGGUGGGACUUACCCCGGGUAAGUGUGUGUAGGACUGCAACCUGAAUGUAAAGUUUUGUAGGGAAAGAGUAUGUCUUCUUCUUAAGUGUCCUACAGGAAACAAAAUGUGUUCACUUACAAAAGGUCUGGCACAUUGGACUGGCCAAAAGAGGGGGGAGAAAAAUCCAACAUAUAUGUUUGUUUUUAAUUUCUCCUGCAGUAUUGUUUAGCCAUCUUCUGCUCUCAGCAAAGUUGACACCGUAUGGGUCAAUGAGAUGCUGUCUGUGUAAAUAGUUACUUUAGCCCUGUGGUGCAUGUUUGAGCAAAGGAAUAAUGACCUUGUGCACAAUAUUUAUUGCGUCAAAUAUGUACCACAAUAAGUGUCGUUCGCAAGCCUUGAACAGGAAAAUAUGAUGUAUUCUGUACCAUUAUAAGUAGUUUGGAGGCUAUCACUGAUGCAUGUUGUUUAUCUUGCCUUCGCUGCUGUAUUUUUCUUGGAUUUGUUCAGAAAUCUAAUAUGGGAAGCCAUACGUCAGUGGUAAAAGUGAAACAAUUUGUUCAACCAGACAUCAUUCCUCAUUUCAUCAAGCAAUAGUUUGCAUCUGUUGGGGUGGGGGUGGGGAGGUUGUGGGCUUGGAGGGGGAAAGCUUCUUGCUCUGCCCUUACUUCUUUUAUUCUUCUCUUGAAUUUUGAGUGAGCAUAGUACAGGGUGUAGCCAGCUGUACACAUCCUAUUGCAAAGCAGCUUAAUCUGUUUGAAAUACAUGGUUAGAGUUCUCCAAGGAGAAAUAUAAAUAGUGUACAAAAUCUCAUUCAGUUUUAUUUGUCAGCAUCCUGUACAUAAAUGACAAAACAGAAACUGAUCUUCAGGCUGAUGUUACAGAUGGUUGUUACUUUCUGUCCAUAACACUUUUUAUUUGAAAGAUUUCACAGAGUAGAAUAAAACGACGAACGGAGAGAAUGGAGGUAAUGGUAGGUUCCUGGGUUGCUUUUUAAAUUAGUACUGUAUUUUUGCACACAUCUUACUGCGAUUUUUUCAGACUGAGUCCAAAAUGCACUUGCUUCCAAAUAGCUAUAACUUGUAAUUGAAAUGUGGUGGGAAAGACUUGUCUGAAAUCCUAGCACUGCCUGCAUCAGCAGUUAGUCUUAUUCAUAAAAUUCUUGAUCUUUUCCAGUGUUUGUUUACAUAGACUAUUCUUAUUCUUGUUGAUUCAUGCUGCACUAGAAGUCUUCUAAAUAUUAUACGCAGUUCCACAAUUAUAAUUUCCCCCCCCACAAGAACCAAGUAGCGAACUUGUAUAUCUGAUCACAUCAGGACUUUUUUUUUUAAUUCCAUUCACAAGCAAAAAUUAAAUGUUAAUUCCUUCUUUUACUGAAACUGUUGACUUUGUGUGUUGGUGAACUGCAUGCAGGAAAAUGCUAUUACCAUAAAGAACGGUAAGCCACAUUACAGUUGAGCCAAAAGAAUAAAGACUUCAUUUUUUUAUUGUA